AUGAAGUACUCCCCUGACCACGACUGCUUCCGUACUCGAGGAGUGCUCUCCCGCGACACCAUCGUCGAGAUCUACAAGCUCCGCACAAACGAUAAGAAAAUCAAGACCGCCGCAAGCGCCUCGGUAGGCCUCAAGCACGGCGUUACGGCCAAGGCCAUCCGAGACAUCUGGAACCGGCGGACAUGGUGGAACGUGACGGAGGCGCUAUGGACGGAGGAGGAGCGGGAGGACUACGCGAGGAGGCGGAAGCCAUGCGGGAAGGCGGGGAGGCCUCGAGGGUCCAAGGACUCGAAGAAGCGGAGAGCAAAGAUCGGGGCAGGUCAGAUAAGCAUGGCAGCCAGUAGAGUAGACGAGCAAGCCCGAGACAGGACUGACCGGCCCAGUGACAGCCAUCAAGCUGGCAGGCAGGAGCUCUGCGUACGGCAAGGCAUUGCAUACAGCAGCUGGAGCGAGGGAGCGGGGCUGCCCCGACCCAUCCACAUGUCAAGGGAGGAGCUUUGGGGCGAGGCUCUGCGGCACGUCAUGCGAUGA